AUGGGCUACCUCUACUACCUCUUCCACCCCUAUCAGCUUCGAUCCAUUAUUCAAUGGAAGGUAUGGCAUGACCCCGUUCACGAGCGCGACCCCAGCACGGAGUCGCCCGAGCUAAAGGAAUGCUUUCGCUACCUUGACAUGACAAGUCGCAGUUUUGCGGCUGUUAUUCAGGAGCUUAACCACGAACUCCUCGUCCCAAUUACCCUCUUCUACCUCUGUCUCCGUGGCCUAGACACCAUUGAGGAUGACAUGACCCUUCCUCUAGACAAGAAGAUUCCCCUCCUUCGAAAUUUCCAUGUCACUAUGGAACAAGAGGGAUGGCAGUUCCAUGAAAGUCAGGAGAAGGACAAGGAGCUGCUGGAGCACUUCGACGUGGUCAUCACCGAGCUCAAGAAGCUCAAGGCCCCCUAUUAUGACAUUAUCAAGGAUGCGACUCGCAAGAUGGGUAACGGCAUGGCUGAUUAUGCCGAGAACGAGGAGAUGAUCAAGAACGGCGUGCAAACCAUUGAUGACUACGAACUAUACUGCCAUUACGUCGCCGGACUUGUGGGUGAGGGCCUAACGAGUCUGUUCGUCGCAUCCGAGCUUGCCAACCCCAAGCUUGCCGAGCGCCCUUCUCUUACCGAGUCGAUGGCCCAGUUCCUCCAGAAGACCAACAUCAUCCGUGAUCUUCACGAAGACUGGCAAGACGGUCGAAGAUGGUAUCCCAAGGAGAUCUGGAGCCAGCACGUGGACAAGUGGGAAGAUCUCUUCGAGCCUAGUCAACAAACGAAGGCUUUGGAGUGUGUCUCCCAUAUGGUUCUCGACGCACUAAAACACAGCGAGGAAUGCCUGUUCUAUAUGGCGGGUAUCAAGGAUCAGAGUGUCUUCAACUUCGUGGCUAUUCCCCAGGGCAUGGCCAUUGCAACUCUGGAGCUUAUCUUCCGCAACCCUGACGUUCUCAAGAAGAACGUCAAGAUCACCAAGGGUGAUGCCUGCAAGAUCAUGUUCGAGUGCACACAAAACCUUUACACCGUGUGUGAAGUGUUCAAGCGAUAUACCCGAUUAAUUGCCAAGAAGAACGACCCUCGGGACCCCAACUUCCUUGCCAUAAGUGCGCAAUGUGCCAAGAUUGAGCAAUUUAUCGAGACCCUGUUUCCUAAGCAGGAUCCCAAGAAGCUCGCUCUUACACAAAACCAGAAGGAAAACAAGGAGCCUGGAAUGGACGCUGGUGAGGCCGUUGUGCUCUUUGGCGUUGUUAUUGCAGCUUUGGUCUGCAUUUCUGGUCUUAUGCUCGGUACCGCUUGGUUCUUUGGAGCCAGAUUCGAUACCAUCUUUAAGGAAGCCAGUGUCUUCCUACCAGGUGGCGAGAAGGCCACCCCCAUUAUCACGGGUCACGAAGAAUUGUAG